GCGGGAGAAGAGGAAGAAGCUUUUUGCUCGUCUCCCUACAGCAUACCGGUAACGGUACGGUAGUAUACACCUUAACUUUAUUCUAUUUCCCCCCUCCCCCCCAAGAGCUUGGCCGUACGUCAAAUACGGGUAGCCGUCCCGCGGUGAUCAUCAUACUUAUCUUAUCAUCAAGAUCGGGAUCACCAUCGUCAUCAAACCACAAACAUCACCCCACAUCGACAUCACGAGAUUCCUCCCUAAAACUCAAACCCCCUCUGCCUGCGCUUAUUUUCCUGUUCUAUUUUGUCUACUAUUUCUGCCAUCUAGAUAAUUUCCGUUAUGCCUCUCACAUUAACGCGCACCUUGGUUCUUUUGCUCUCUCUAUUGUCCCUGUUUUGCCUGUUUCUCUAUGUUUCUUUAACGAAUCUCUCCUCCGCUUCAUCUUCUGGCCGAAACCGUCAGUCAGCCACAAAUUUUCUGUUCCCGUCCACGGCAAUAAUAUCACUCAGCGAUGACAAUUCUACCUUUUUCCUCUCCCGACCUGCAGCGUUCGGCCCCCCAUUGCCCAAGUCCGGGCUCAAAGGAGAGCUGUUUGUGCUUGAGGAAGGGCAGCUAGCUUGCGAUGAUACACCUGGCUGGGAUCCAUCUUCCUCGCCACCCGUUCCCAUGGUUGGAGAGGACGGUACCGAUGAUUUUGACUACGCUCCCAAGUCCUUGGUUGCCACCAUUACAAAACCUGGAGGUGCCCACGCCGAUAUCGAGAGUUUACAGCAGAGCGCUGAGAUAGAGGGGAAAAUUGUGCUUGUUGCUCGGGGUGGUUGCGGCUUCUUGGAGAAAGUGCUAUGGACUCAACGGCGGGGCGGGGUGGCUUUGAUUGUUGGGGACUACAAACGAUCCGGGGGUACUAUUGGUGGCGGGGCUUUGGUGACUAUGUAUGCUAAGGGCGACACCAGCAACAUUACCAUUCCGUCGACCUUCACCACGUAUACUACCGCAAAAUUAUUGACGACUCUACUCCCUAAGCAUGUGUCACUACCACUCACGAGGCCCAAUACUCUGGGCCCAGUAGCGGGGCCUGAGCCGAAGGGUGGGGAAGGUAAAAGAAUUGAGGGGGGGGAGAAAGCUGGACUUCGGCUUAAGCGGCCGUUGGAGGAAAGGAAUCGAGCUCCUCCGGAGCUGCAACCAGCUGGUGCGCCUGCGAAAUCCGAAAAGACUACCAUCACCACAUUUAUCGGGAAAACAGCUACUCCAACAUCGCCUCCUGCGGGCCCUGACAUUCAUGUGGAUUCGUCACAUAGACCUCCCAUGUCUGGUGAAUUGGGCGGCAUAGUAUUUGUGGUCGACCCGGAUGAAGGAAAACCUGGGGACGAGAACAGUGACAGGGGUGGUGACAAGGAUGGUGACAUCGAAAAGGACGGCCUCUGGAUUACUCUUACACCGACCUCCAUGAGUUCUUCACCAUUUUUCGACACCCUAUUGGUGUUGGUGAUUAGCCCGUUAGUUACCUUAACCAUCGUCUAUGCCCUUCUGCUUGCUCGCUCCGUGAUUAGGAGGAGGAGAUGGAGAGCCCCUAAGAGUGUGGUUGAAAGGCUUCCUGUGAGGACCUAUCAAUCGACACCAUCAACCUCAACACCCCGAACACCCCCUCCUCCCCCCACUCGGAGGCCGUUGUCGCUUCCACCGCGAAGUAACCGUGAGCGAAAUGUCGGUAAUGUUAGCAGCGGUCGAGUCUUAUCUACCCCUAGCGCGCCGGAAAAUCAGAACAAGGAAUUCAUCCAUCAAUCCCCCCCGUGCUCAGGCUACCAGGGAGGUUCAGUGGAAUGUGUUGUCUGUCUUGAGGAAUACGUCGACGGUGUUAGCAGGGUCAUGAGAUUACCCUGUGGCCACGAGUUCCAUGCUGGUUGCAUAACACCAUGGCUUACUACAAGACGGAGGACAUGCCCCAUCUGCAAGGGGGAUGUGGUGAGAGGCGCCGCGGCAGGGGGUCCGGGACCAAGCUGGGGCCGACACAGCGAUGUUGGUGAGGCUUCGGAACGAACGCCACUUGUGAUAAGGGACGGUGAGGAGGAGGUUUAGGGACAUGGAGUUUGUGUUUUCUUUACUAGCUUUUGCAUUGUCUUUUUGCUUGCGGUGUAUGGUUUGUUGGUUGUGGGAUUCUUUCUUUUUGCGAUACCGAGCUGGGUGACUUGUAAAUGGAAACUUGGGCGCUGCUAUUCACUGGUGUGCGGAUUGUCACUUGACGUGCGGCUUUGACGGUAGCUGAGGAAAGCUAAUGCAUAUUACCUGGUGAAAUAGAGCAUCAGAUAUAGUGAUU